CUGGCGUUCUUCUACCGACUAACUACCGGAAAACUACUGCGGCAUCACCAGAACUAAGAUGCAGGCUGUACUGUUGACCGUUACCGUCCUGCUCAUCAUGACACGGACGGUUCUGUUACAACCCACGGACGAUGAAGACAUCUCGGAGGAUGGAGAUGAGGAGCCCCACCCACUCCUGGUAACCAAGGAGGCGUGGUUCGACAUAGAGAUCGAUGACGAGCCGGUGGGGCGGAUUGUGAUCGCGCUGUUCGGAGAGACCGUGCCGAUCACUGUGGAGAACUUCCAUAAGCUGGCACAGGGGAACGUGCGGAAUGAUCCGACAUUCGGUUACAACGGAACCUACUUCCACCGCGUGGUGCAGGACUUCAUCAUCCAGGGAGGGGACAUCUCGUCUUAUGACGGAACAGGCGGCAGAAGUAUUUAUGGUGACACCUUCAUCGACGAGAACUUCCGUUUGGGCCACGCCGGACCAGGCUGGGUCGCCAUGGCCAACAGCGGACCUGACUCCAACAACUCCCAGUUCUUCAUCCUGCUGACCAGAUCACGGUUCCUGGACAAGAAACACGUCGUCUUCGGGAAGGUCAUCAAGGGCAUGGACAUCGCCCGGAGUAUCGGGGAGAUGAGGAGCAGUGCAGCCGGCCUGCCGUACAAGUUAGUCCGCGUGUCUGACUCCUCCUCUGACGCCGUGACAGACCCGUACGUGUUGGACGCACCAGAGGCUAUCAUCUAUGACAUCGAACCCGACCUUAUUAAACCUACGUGAUCGUCAACA